AUGGCGGUUUCUGAAGAGGAGACGCAGACUGUUCCUAAUACCACAUCUACUGCUAAUGUCGAGGGGUUACCUGGCGCCUUUCCCGACGCUCAAACCGAGGAGCCCGUCGUGGUAUCAUUAAAUGACUUGUCCCUGUCUGCUGGAGUUCGAUCGAGGAAGUCGGAAUAUAUUCGCCAGAGAAAGCUAAGAAUAAGGAUCGGAUCAUGGAAUGUUGCAGCUCUGUCCGGACCGGAACAAGACCUUAAGAGCUGGCUGGUUCAUGAGCCUGUUGCUGAAGAAGAAUCCACUGAGAAUGGAGAUAACGGUGUUGCUGAUAUAGAAGCUACGUUAGAUGAUGAGGCGGCCGAUUCAGUUUCGUUCAAGGCCUAUGGAAAGGGACCAGAUCUUUAUAUCCUAGGAUUGCAGGAAAUUGUGGAUGUAGCCUCUGCUACAGAGGCUCUGAGGACAUAUGUCGACCCUGGCCCUUCUGCCAAAUGGAAAGCAGCGCUCCAAGAUGCGCUACCUCCGGGAUACACCUGCAUAGCUUCCCAGCAGCUAGUGGGUAUGCUUUUACUGGUUUACGCUGCUCCCUCCCUAAAGCCCCAUGUUUCAUCAGUAAGUUCCACUAGUGUCGGGACUGGGUUUCUGGGCUAUACCGGGAAUAAAGGAGCAGUUGCAACACGUAUCGUUAUCGGAGAAACGACGCGGUUAGUGUUUGUCAAUUCUCAUCUGGCAGCGGGGGCGGAAAAGGCCAAUUUAGAACGAAGGAACUGGGACGCAGCACAGAUAAUCUCCCGCUCGAAUUUUGCCCCUAUAGACGAGCAGGACCUUAUUUCCGGAGAGUUGAAUCAUCAUUUUGGAGAAGAGGAGUUUAGUUUUUGGUUUGGAGAUCUGAAUUACCGUCUAGAUGGUAUCCCCGGAGGUGAUGUUCGCCGUCUCCUCCAUUUACAUGUUCAAGAUGAAUUCCGUCCAGCGAAACGGAAUUCUCCAUUACAGAAUGUUGAAAACAGUCAGCCUGAGGACCCUCGGAAAUCAUUUGAAAGCGACAUCACCUCGUUGCCCUCAAAGGAGGGAAUACAGAUGGAGGGUAACGGUUUAGAUCCAAUGGAUGACCCAGCAUCUCUCUUGAACACACUCUCGUCACUUUUGCCUCAUGAUCAACUACUAGCUCAACAGAAGAGUGGAAAAUCUUUUCACCAGGGCUGGCAGGAAGGGCCAAUAACUUUCUUACCUACUUAUAAGUAUGAUGUUGGGCAGAAAGGUGUAUUCGAUUCCAGUGAAAAGCAGCGCAGUCCAAGUUGGUGUGAUCGAAUUCUGUUUCGAACAAAAUCUCACCACGCGAGGCAUAUCAAGAAAGUCAAAGAGGCAGAAGAAGCAAAGAAGAGAGACGAGGAAAUCAAAACUCUAGGUCUGGAUAAGGCUGCAGAAGAUGAUAAUGUCCUCUUUGAUUAUGAUCCAGAUCAAGAUGCCGCAGACUACGAUCCUGAACAAGACGAUGUGGCAGAAGAUGCGGCGGAUAAUGAUGCUAACGAUGAAAGCACUAUUUGUCUUCUGAAAUACACAUCACAUCAGCAUAUUGUUUCUUCCGAUCACAAGCCUAUUCACGCUGACUUCGAUGUCACACUCGAUGUGGUUAUUCCUUCCUUGAAAUCGAAGAUUCAUCAAGAAGUUGCCCGAGAAUUAGACAAGGCCGAGAACGAAGCCCGCCCUGACAUAACUAUUGUAGUGGAUCAACUUUCCGAAGCCCGCCGAACCAGCUCUGCCGGUGUUGCUCAAACCUUCCAGCCAGAUACUGUCCACUUUGGUAAAGUGAGGUAUGAUGAUCCCACGUCACGGAGUCUGACUCUCGCAAAUACAGGCGGUGUCCCUGCUACGUUUGGAUUCCAUUAUAAUCCAUCUAUUGGCACAGCCGGUUCUAAUCCGUCACCUCCCUGGUUAAAUAUCCGGGUCGAUUGGCCUUCCAAUAAUCCUAAUCAAGACGAGAAAUUGCCAAAAGAAUACACCUUCCAACCAGGCGAUUCUGCCAAUGUCCGUUUGACAUUAUGCAUAUCUGACAUUGAAUUUGUCCGGAAGCUUAAUGAGGGCAAGGCCAAAGUGGAUGAUAUCGUUGUAUUACGUGUGACCGAUGGACGGGACCACUUCUUAUCCGUCCAGGGCCAGUGGCUACCUUCAUCCUUUGGCUUCUCCUUGGAAGAACUUACUCGCAUACCUGAAGAUGGUGUGCGUGCUAUAAACGGAUCACUGACCUCUUCUGGAGAGAACGAUUCGAACUCUCGAUCAUCCGGCCCGCGUGAGCUAUUCAAGCUAACAGAGGCAAUCGCUGAGCAUACCGAACGAGCCAUCGCUGAGUGGGGGAUGGUUUCUAGCGACAUCAGCCCUGAAAGCAAUGGCGCUCCAUGGGAAGCUGACAAAAAGCCUGGGUGGCCGUUUGAUUCACGGACCUGGUCAUUUAGCGAUAUCAGCGAACGAGAGAAAUUGCUUAUUAACGUGAGAGAAGCAAUUGACACAAACACUCCGUUUUCUGACCGUUUCCCCGCAAAUUUCCCAUGGAAAUACCGCACGGAACUGCUUGCCGAGACAUUGAUUGCUUUCCUUCGGUCUCUACGUGACGGUAUCAUUACUGAACAGCUGUGGCUUGCGCUAGAUGAGCAACAAAAGCUUCUCCGGGAUAAGACAAGGCAACAGGAGCCUAUUUCCAGCGAACAGAUGCAGUCAUCAAUACUAGAGACUCUCUCGAUAUCCCCUUCCCACAGUGUCUCUUUCACUUUUCUUACUUUCAUGCUGAAUCGCAUCGCCAACGAAAUAGCUCCAAUCACACCUAUGCCUACACCAUCUGCUACAUCUACUCCCGUGAAGACAUCAACGGUUCCCCCUACGGCCGGCUCAGAAAAUUCACCAACACCCGCUCCCCCGGCUCAGUCUACCCUCUUAAGCAGGCAACCGUCUCUUUCAUUCCCAUUCCGGUUACGAGGCCGAAACAGCACUCUAUCUGGAAAUGGUGAUGCAGAAACUUCUCUUACAGUACCGCAGAAAAACCCAUCGGUUACCAGACGAGAAGCUCUUAACGAUGCAUAUGCCUCCAUUUUUGCUUCUGUGAUGUUUUCUUCUUCUAUUCCAACACCAGAGAAGGAGAAAGACAGGAGACUAGUUGAAGAGAGAAAGAAGGGAGUCAUAUCACCCUUUUUGUAUAGUGAUACCAGUUAA